CGGCCCCCCCGGCAGCAGCAGCCCCCCCCCCUCCCCCCGCGCUCGCCAGCCUGGUCGGCGUGGCUGCUCUCGGCCGGCCUUCGCCCCCGCGAGCAGCCAGGAUGAUGCAGAUCUGCGACUCGUACAGCCAGAAGCACUCCCUCUUCAAUGCCAUGAACCGCUUCAUCGGGGCGGUGAACAACAUGGACCAGACGGUCAUGGUGCCCAGCCUGCUUCGGGAUGUGCCUCUCAUGCUGGAUGAGCUGGACUCGGGAGGAGGCGGCGGCGGCGGCGUUGGCGGCGUUGGGGUUGUCGGCGUUGGGGAAAGGGAGGCCCAGAUGAGCCCCAACGGCGGCGCCUAUUGCUCCUGCCGAGACAUGUACAGCCACUAUUUGCUGCUCAAGUCCAUCCGCAACGACAUUGAGUGGGGAGUCCUGCAGCAGGCCGGCGAGGAGGCCGGCGGCAGGAAGAAGGACAAGCUGAACGGGGGGCCCGGCGCUGUGGACAUUAGCCGAGGGAUCCCCGAAGACGACGACGACGAAGAGGAGGAGGAGGAGGAUCUGGAGAAGCAGUUCCAUUACCACUUGAGCGGACUGCACACGGUGCUCUCCAAACUGACCCGCAAGGCCAACGUGCUCACCAACCGAUACAAACAGGAGAUCGGAGUCAACAACUGGGGCCACUGAACCGAGGGAGGGGGAAAACCGGGCGGGUGGGCCUGCCUGCCUGCCUGCCUGCCUGCCUGCUGGGGUGACAGAGCUGGGGGAGGAGUGAUGGCCAUUUGGCAAGGGCUAGGGAAGAGUGCCAGCAAGAAUGAAGUAAGCCUGUGUGUGUGUGUGUGAAAAGGAGGUGUGAGUGUGUGUGUGGUUUGGGUGGAGGAGGGAUGCCACUGUGCGAUUCUGUUAAUGAAAUUGGAUGGAAGAUACAUAUUUCAAGGUCACUGGUGAACAAAAAUUUUAUGUGUGCCUUUGAGAGGCAAUAACAGGAAGACGUGAGAGUGGAAGGGACUGGUCUUUGGCAUAUCUCACUGGGGGUUUUGCUGAUGGGAGCUACAGAUUGUCAGGGAGGCAGGGAAAUGCAGCUACCAGGAGUGGCAGGCAUAGCUUAGGCAGCCAAGGAUAAGGUUUCCAGAUCCUGAGGACUCAGAAUGAAGUACAGUGGUUGAGGCCAGUUAUUGAAAGAGUGUGUUUGCAAUCAUUGGGAAAGUGUGUGCGCUCACAUGUGUGGUGGCAGCAAUAUUAGUAGCGAUUGCAUCACUUCUUUCCUGUUUUUGCACUACUUUUGUAAUGUUAAUAUAUGUAUAUAAAGCCUAAGAAUUAUCUUCUUUGCAUGCUCUUAGAAUUGCCAGCAUCUUAUUUUUUACCAACGCACAAAGAUGUACAUUCAUCAUUACUAGUUAAACUUUUUUGCAGGCAAGGAGAGCAUUUAUCAAAGACACUUAACCUUCCUAUGUUACACAAAACUGGUUGGUAUGAACCUGCAAAUAUACCACUUAAAAAUAUUUAUAAUAUGUUGCAGAGGAUGAAACCAGUUAAUUACCAUAUUUCUAUACUCCAGUGGAAAGAUAAAGGGGCCUCACUGUUGUACAUGCAUUGAAGACUAUUUAAAACUUUUUUUAUUCAGAUGUAGAAUAUAUUCUAAAAUAAACACAUAAACAUAUUGACUGAAUUGAUGUAACUGUUUUUAUACUGUGCCUCUAUUUCAAUUAAAUGCUAACAUUUAUGACAUACAGACUGUAGCUAUGAAGUAAUAUUUCAGCCCCCUCCCCCAAACAGGGUUGAGCAGUCCAUCAAAGCAGCAAUGUUUGCAAGUGGAGGAAUAAUUGUUCUGUGUUCUGCACUCUCCUCAUAAUUUCUUUGGCCCAUAUGAGCACUCCACUAUACCUGUAUUUAUUCUAUCUAAUUAAUACUUUCCCAUCUUGCUUUUCUUCCCUUCUGGAAUUCAAAAUGAUGUGCCUGGUGUUCCCAGGGCAUUGUCUGGCCAUUGUUCACAUCCAGAGUUGCUUUUGUUUCCGCAAGGUAUCUGGAGGCCACCCCUCAGCUGUGUUAAGCUCAGUUGCCCUUGGUGGGUGUUGUAUCCCUGGUGGAGUACACUGAACCCACUGAGUAUAAUCCAGCCAUCUUGUUCCCAGUUAUAGUUUUUCAUCAGAUAAAGCGAGAGGUAAAUUGUCCUUACAGGGAAACUUUUCUAUUCCUUUUAAGAGACUGUCUUUGUAAAUAGUUUAUAUGUAAUGAAAAAGAAUGAAAAUUCUCUUUCAUGAUACCUUUGGAAGUUAACAAUUAGACUGAAUGCAGAAUGUUUACAGAGUUUAUUGACAUACAGGUCAAUCUCUUAAACCGAGUUAUUUAAGUAGGUGCCUUACAGCUAAUCAGAUUUAGUAACCAAAACUGUACAAGCUGUGUGCUUUGUAGAAUGACUGUUUUCAUGCAGAUGUAACUGGUCACAGAGUCAAUUCCAUUCUGUGGAGGAUUCACUAAUUUAAAUGAGAAUAUGUUAUCUUGAAUAUUGUACUUGAAAUACUGUUGAAAGAUAAAUUAUAUGAACAAGGG